CUCGCAAGAAAAUCAAAUACAAAGUAUUCCAGACCUAAUACAAAUUUCACUACAAAUAACAUUCAGUCAAAGCCAGAAUACAAUAACUCCAGAUACAACUUUUAUUUUUAAUUCUACCUUAGCAUAUGAUCUAACAAUAUAUCUAAAUUAUAUAGAUCUUACCAAAAACAGAGAUGCCUUACAAAUUGAACCCGGAAAUUGUUCGAAGUGUUUUGAAUGUAAGCCAUGUCCUGAAUAUCUAUCUAUUGAUGAUCUGAAAAAAGAAAGAUAUUAUAUUUCAUCUAUUGUUUUAGUCAAUAAAACAUCCAAGAAAAAAAGAAAGAUGCAAGAAAAGAAUACUUAUAAAAGUAAACCUAAAAGGGCUACAAAACCUAAAGCAAUUAUUCAAGAGUUAUCUGUUGCUUCAACUAGCAGUGGACCAUCAAUCAGUGCUCUUUCUAAAACUACCAAUAUUGGAGAAUCAAGAAAACCAGGAAGUAGUUUAAUGCUACUUUCGGUUUGGGAGAGCUCUAUCAGAAUGACUUGCUAUAUUGCUAAAGAACAACCUCUACAAACAGCACAUACAAAGUUAAAUAAAGAAGUUAAGGAAAAGCUUCCAGAAAAAAACUAA